AUGUUUGAGAACCACCGCAAGGAACGAGGAAAACUUUUAGAUAUCAAAAAUUUUCUUCCCCUGGGAAUAUAUUUUUUGUUUUUACUUACGUGUUUGUUAGCAGCAGAGGCUAAAGUCUCGAACAGUAACACUACUACCAAUAGACUUCGAGGAAUUGCAAAGUCGAAAAUAUACUUAUAUGAGCAUACAGACUCGGAUUGGGUAUGCUUAGACGGCUCAGCUAGAAUACCAUAUGAUGCUAUAAAUGAUGAUUUUUGUGAUUGUAAAGAUGGAUCAGAUGAGCCAGGCACUUCUGCAUGUUCGAAUGGUCGAUUUUAUUGUGAGAAUGAAGGUCACAUUCCUGCGUACGUUGAAUCUUUUCGUGUUAACGAUGGAAAAUGUGAACCGGAAUGUUGUGAUGGCUCAGACGAGUAUGGCGGAAAAAUCCAAUGCCCAAAUAAUUGUGAACAAGUCGGCUUCGAACAUCGUAAACACCUAAGGGAGAUUGCGAGAACACAGGCCGAGGGUGCUCGAAUAAGGCGAGAAUAUAUAGAAUAUGGUAAAGAGUUAAGAUUAGAGCGACAAGCAGAUUUAGAAAGAUUGCAAAUUGAACUUCUUGCCGCGAAAGAAAGAGUAAAAGAGCGUAAAGAGGUUUUAGAGCAAGCUGAAGAGGAAGAAAGAAGACAGAUACAACUUACCACAAAACCAAAUGUCGCACGUAAAGCGCUAAAGAAAUGCAAAGAACGCGUCGAAUCGUUACAUGAACGCAUCGAUAAGCUACACGAGAACAUUGAUACAUUACUCAAAAUUUUCAAGGAUUUAAAAAAUGAUCAUAAUCAAAAUUACCAUGACAUGGCCGUAAAGUCCGCGAUUGCGGGCUAUGAUGAUUUUCUCAAAGAAUAUGAGAACGAAAGAGACGAGAAUUUGCCGGAUGAAUUGGAUGAAGAGGAUUCACAGGAUAACAAUGAUCAAGAUAAUGAAGCAGAGGAAGAUAUAGCACCACCAAUACAUUCGCCACUUGAAAAGGAUGAACCUUCACUUCUGGAGUCAAUAAUCGAUACAGCUAAAAUCACCUAUAAUGAUAUUAUGGAAUCCAUCGGUUUGGAUGCUUUCACUCUUUCCACCAGGACAGAACAAAAAUCCGUAGUUCCUGGAACUUCCAAAGGGGUCUUAGUUGCACGUGAUAGUCUUAAUUCGGCAGAAAAUGAACAGCGUGAAAUCGAGAAUCAAAUCAAUGACAUUAAUAGCAAAUUCUCCAAAGAUUACGGACGUAGUGAUGAAUUUGCAAAAUUAGACGGGGAAUGUUUUGAACAUGUUACUGGAGAAUACACGUAUUCCUUGUGUCUAUUCGACAGUACAACUCAAAAGAGCAAUAAGGAUUAUUCAUCCACAAAUUUAGGUAACUUUGAACGAUGGAUCGGAGCCGAAUCUCAAGAUGACCCUGCAUAUUAUACCAAACAAAUAUACGAGCACGGAAUAAAGUGCUGGAAUGGUCCAGAGCGAUCUCUUAAAGUAACAUUUGAGUGCUCGCCCGAAAAUAAGAUUUUUGCGGUGUCUGAGACAGAAAAAUGCGAGUACGCGAUGACAAUGAAAACUCCGGCUGUUUGUACCGAUGGUGAUGAAGACGAUAAUAGUCAAAAGAAUGUUGUUCAUGAGGAAUUGUAA